AUGGCAGAAGUGAGACCUAAAUCCAAGUCCAAGUCGAGGUCUAAGUCCAAGAACGUUAAGCGUUCAGAUGCAACCGUGGAUGCUAAACCGAAUGAAAGCAAGAAAUACAAUUUCAUUAUAAGAACAGUAUGGACCUUUGUUAUGAUCGCAGGGUUCUUUUUAACUUUGGCUGCAGGUCAUUUAUGGUGUGUCGUUUUGAUCCUAGGUUGUCAGGUCGCCACCUUCAGUGAAAUCAUAGACGUCACCUUACAAUCCAGUCGUGAAAAAAAAUUGCCUCUGACUAGAACUUUGAAUUGGUACUUCUUGUUCACCACAAUCUAUUUCCUCGACGGCGAAGCCCUUUACAAACUCUUCCAAACGACUUUCUUCAAGUACAGAGCGUUGGCUUUCAUCGCAUCAAAUCACAAGUUUAUUUGUUAUUGUCUUUACUUACUCGGUUUCGUUAUCUUCGUUGCAAGUUUAAGAAAAGGUCACUUGAAAUUUCAGUUCGGUUCUCUCUGUGCUACCCACAUGGUCCUAGUCUUUGUCGUCACACAAGCACAUUUGAUCAUCAAUAACGUUCUAAACGGUAUCUUUUGGUUUUUAUUACCAUGCGGUCUAGUUAUCGUCAAUGAUAUCUUUGCUUAUCUUUGUGGUAUCACAUUUGGUCGUACCAAAUUGAUCGAAAUCUCUCCAAAGAAGACUUUGGAAGGCUUCAUCGGUGCAUGGUUCUUCACCGCAUUGGCAAGUAUCAUCUUAACAAGAAUAUUAUCUCCAUACAGCUACUUAACUUGUCCAGUUAAUGAUUUACAAACCAAUUUUUUCACUGGAUUGACCUGUGAUUUGAAUCCAAUCUUUUUAUCUCAAACUUACAAAUUACCACCUUUGAAAAUCUUCACUCAAUUCAGUCUCCACACCGUAGUACUGAAACCAGUUUACUUCCAUGCUUUAAAUUUGGCAACUUUUGCCUCUUUGUUCGCUCCAUUUGGUGGUUUCUUUGCAUCAGGUUUGAAAAGAACUUUCAAAGUCAAAGAUUUCGGACAUUCCAUCCCAGGUCACGGUGGUAUCACCGACAGAGUCGACUGUCAGUUCCUAAUGGGAUCAUUUGCCAACUUAUACUACGAAACUUUCAUCAGUGAACAUAGAAUCACCGUGGAAACAGUCUUAUCUACCAUACUGAUGAAUUUGAAUGAAAGGGAAAUCAUACAAUUGAUCGAAACUCUACUUGAAGCUCUACACACCAGAGGCUUCAUCGAUAACGAAAAGACUUAUAACCAAAUUAUGAAACUGUUAAGUAAAUCUUACUAG